AUGAACACCAAACCAACAAUAACAAUAAUCGGCGGCGGAAUAGGCGGCCUAACUCUAGCAGCCGGCCUACACCUUCGCAAAAUCCCAGUCCAAAUCUACGAAGCAGCGCCCUCCUUCAAAGAAAUAGGCCUAGGGAUCUCCCUCGGCCCAGCAGCGUAUCGCGCAAUGCCCCUGAUCCACCCCUCCAUCCAACAAAUCUACAACUCCCUCAUAACAACACACGCAGACAGCCCUGGCUACGAAGAAUACCUCCAAACAUGGUUCGAGCUCGUCUGGGCAACGGGAAAAGAAGAGGGUGAUGUUUUAAUGAACCUAAAAGCAUUACCAUCCGGCCAGACGGCGUUGCGGAGAGCGGAUUUCUUAAAUGCGCUUGUUGAGCUGAUCCCAGCGGAGAUCGUGCAUUUCGGGAAGAGGUUAAGUACACUCGUUGAUAGGGAUAACGGGGUUGUGUUGGGAUUUGAGGAUGGGGAGGUUGUUAAUGCCGAUGUUGUUGUUGGUUGUGAUGGGAUUCGCUCUAUGGUUAAGGAGUCUAUGUUUCCUGUUGAAUCCUUAACCACGAAACCCGUUUAUAGUGGGAUGUAUGGGUAUCGGGCUGUUUUGGAGAUGGGGGAUAUGAUCGAGGCGGUUGGGGAGAAGAGGGCUCGCGUUGCGACGAUUUAUGUGGGACGGGGCGCUUAUGGGAUUUCUUAUCCCAUUAUGCGCGCCAAGUUGGUUAAUGUUGGGAUUUACUUGUUGAGUGAUGAGGACUGGGAAUAUGAGUCUUGGGUUAGGCCGGCGAGCAGGGAGGGUAUGGAGCGGGAUACGAGGGACAUGGGGCGGUAUGUGAAGGCUCUUGUUGAGCGCAUGCCCGACCCAUCUCAAUGGGCUAUCUUCGAGCACCCACAUAUUGCAACCUAUGCGCGCUCCAAGGUAGCGAUUCUCGGCGAUGCAGCACAUGCAUCUACGCCGCAUCAGGGUGCUGGCGCAGGUCAGGCUAUUGAGGAUGCACAUGUUCUCGCGGAAUUACUGGGUGAUUCCCGUGUCGGCUCUGUCGAUGAUGCUGUUGCGGUUUUCAAGGCAUAUGAUGAUAUUCGUCGGCCACGGAGCCAGAGGGUUGUUACUAGCAGCAAGGAGAAUGCGGAUAUCUUUUGUUUGUGUUUUGAUGGGGUUCGUGAUGAUCCGGUGAAGCUGAAGGAAACGCUUAAUCAACGGUUGAAGUGGCUUUGGGAUCUGGAUGUACAGGAUCAGGUCGAGCGCGCCAGGGAGAAGAUGGUUGAAUAUUUGGAGACACCGACCGGUAAUGGCCAAGGAUUGAUUAUAGCGCAAUAA